AUGGACUUCGGUGCUAACAUCGACGAGUUCGCGGACCUAUUUGGAGAAACGAAUGAAAGUUAUUCCCUUCCAAUGUUGCCUUUAUCCUCGACGGUGGGGGCUGCAGAAGCGCAUUCCCAUUCUGAAGAACAUUUGGGCACAAUGUUUCGCCCUCCAAGUCAAGCUGAAGUUGAUUCCCUCGUUGCUAGAGAUAUGAAUGCCCUUUCGAGCAAGGACAGGGAGCAGAUACUCCACGACAUCCAUGGUAUCGCAGAUUUUCCUGAUGAAGACCCACAAAUGCUGCAGGCUAAACUUGAUGAACUAGAUGCUGCAAUAAAGGCAAUUCCUCAGAAAGCUGCUUACGAUCGAGCCCUGGCUGCGUCCGAAUCAUAUGUCAAUGAUAGAUCGUUCCGCCUAAAGUUUCUUAGAGCCGAUAGACUGGAUCCACAACGAGCCGGAAGACGAAUGGUGAACUUCUUUGACUACAAAAAGGAACUCUUUGGUCCGGAAAAACUUGUUAAGAGCAUUGUAAUGGACGAUCUCAAUUACGAUGACAUGGCUGUGAUUCAAAAUGGCCACAUGCAGUUUCUUCCUGAACGAGACAUGGCUGGAAGGAUUAUCUUUUGUAAUAUCCAAUCACUGCAACGGUGUGCAAGUGACACGAACUUGCUACGUGCAGUCUACUACAUGUUGAUGACCCAAGCUGACGAUGAAGAUUCACAGAAGAAAGGUGUUGUAGGAGUCCUUUAUAACUUUAGUCUCAUGGCGGAAAGAUUGGACCAUGCAAAAAUCAUACAGUCUGUCCGGCUUCGAAACUGUUUACCAAUUCGAUUUGUCGCUAUGCAUUAUUGUUUCAAUCAUCCCAGUUUUGUCGAUUUCAUCAAUUGUGAAAGGAGUGCUUUUGAUGAGCACACCCGAGCGAGAUGCAGGGCCCACCAAGUUUCGGCGACAGAUUUUCACUCUGAGCUGGUGUCGUUUGGCAUUGCUUCUAGGUCCAUACCAGCGUCGCUAAUUGGAGGCCUGAAAUCAAAAAGCCACCAAGACUGGAUAUACAUGAGAAGAAAGGUAGAAGGGAACCAAAAGGUGUCUUCAAUAACAAUACCCCCCACAGUCGUCGCGACAGGCCCGGCGAGGACCGCUGCUGUACAACCAAAAAAGAAUGCUGUAAAAUCCACCGAUUUAUCUACAUGCCGCAAAGGUCAGCCCAACGUGAUCGAAAAUAUAGACACUUCAAGUGAUUCCGAGAAGUCCCCUCCUGCGAGAAAGAUUUAUUCUUCUCCUUCUCCGGGAGAUGUGCUUUUUGGAAGAGGAAAAGUGAAGGAGCAUCCCGGCAACGUGAGGCUCCAUCAACUAAUCGAAAAGCGGAGAAGUAGAUAUGAAGUUGCAGAGAAGUGGGAAAAAACGGUAAUUGCCGAAGAAAUUGUGGCGAUAAUAAAAGAAUGCUCUGGACGAUUCCUCCGACCAACAGUAAACAGUGAUGGGUGGGUGGAAGUUGACAAGGAGAUAGCACGCGAAAAAGUGAGCCACACGUUUCGAAGUCGAAGGCCGAAGCUUCAAAAACGACGAAGGGUGACUGCUGCGCAAGCAAAGCCAAAGCUUUUCUUGAAUACUAACUUCAGAUACUAG